AUGGAGAUCUUGAAUAUAGGUGGUUCAGUUAGAACAGUUAACGGACAGUUGUUCCUACGACUAUUUUUUGAUCUCAAAGCUUGUUCAUUACAGGCUAAAAUUUCUGCUAGUUUGAACAUUGAUCAAGCAGACCAAUCCUUUGGAGAUGAGUUUAAAGCAACUGGUGAACAAUCUAAUCCUUUUGUUUCUUCCACAUCUCAGGAUGAAGUUGGUUCAUCGGUGAAUGAAGCCUUGCUGAAGCGUAAAAGAAAAUCAAUACAAUCGAAUGAAGACUGUGAUGAAACAUGCUUUGGGAACCUGCAUCGUUCACCUUCAAAUGAGUAUUUUAAAGACAAAAACUGUAAUAAUGAACUGAAUCAGAAGAAUUCUCUUUUGCAUAGACAAAACAAAGUGGCUCCUUCAAGGAAGCCAAAUCAAAGGAAUAUGCGUAGGCGAAGACUUGAAACAAGUGUCCAAAGUGAUCCUCUUGCAAUGCCGCUUCGUAAAUCAUCUCGUUUGAGUAUUCAUCGUUAUGGUGUUACUAUGAUUAAAUCUGAAACAAUUACUCUGGAUGUAUCAACACUUCUUCAGUUUCAUCAAAAACUAGUGGUACUAGUCUUAUCCACUUGCUCUUCAGUGAAAUUAGGUGCUCGUGAAACUGAAGAUUCCAUGCUUGCUAAUUACUUGGUUACAGACCAAAUAAAGCGUACACUAAAGACACUGUACUCAAGAGCACGUGGUAUUCCAAUUAUCUCUGUUGAGUGGUUGAAGGCGUGUAAAGUCAGUCGUAAGGGUCCUAAUCCAGAUCCAUUAAACUUCAUGCUCCACUAUUAUUCAGAGCCUGUACAUCGACCAGUUCCAAGUAGGCGGUCAUCAAAACGUGCCUCUGUGCAGCUAUCACGGAGAUUACAAACUAGUGAAACUGGAGACAAUGGUGAAACAGAUGGUUUUCUGUCUGGUUGGUCUUUCUGUUGUACACAGAAUGUUGUACCUCCUUUAUCUGACUUGCGUAAACUAACUGAACUAUCUGGAGGGUAUUGGAUGUCUGAUGAGGAUUUAAUGAAUUGUGUCAAUAGCUCGCCAAAGCUUGUGAAGUCAGUUAUUAUCACAACACAAGAAGAUUAUGAUGCUGUUAGUGUGGUGGCUGCCAAGUCGUUUCGGAAAAGCUCCCGAUCAUUGAAAAAUACAGCGUCACGUAAUCACAACUCUGCUUUGUCACAAGCUUUAUCUACUUUGGUUAAAGUAUCAGUCGAUUGGUUUUUACAGACUAUUAUGAAUCGUCAACCGCCUGUUUGGCCAGUCGAUUCGCAGUAUACAAUACAAUAA